GGUCCGGGGAGAGCGGAUAUAGUGAAUGCAGGGUCCGGGGAGAGCGGAUAUAGUGAAUGCAGGGUCCGGGGAGAGCGGAUACAGUGAAUGCAGGGUCCGAGGAGAGCGGAUAUAGUGAAUGCGGGGUCCGGGGAGACCGGAUAUAGUGAAUGCUGGGCCCGGGGAGAGCAGAUAUAGUGAAUGCAGGGCCCGGGGAGAGCAGAUAUAGUGAAUGCAGGGUCCGGGGAGAGCGGAUAUAGUGAAUGCGGGGUCCGGGGAGACCGGAUAUAGUGAAUUCAGGGUCCGAGGAGCCAAAACGCAGAGAAAGUCGGUGAUAUGGUUGUCAAUAACUGUACUGGAACACGGUAAAACACAACAAAUA